AUGCAUUCUAAUACAGCGCGGAAUCAAGUGGGAGUGGAUACAGGUACAAUACCAACCAUUUCCUCAAGAUCAACGAAAUCAGCUGCUGAACCUAAAACAACACUUGAAAUUGUACUCCUUGCGAUCAUCAUUGCUGUAACUAUUGCUGCUAUUGCUAUUCCAGCAACUGUUAUUAUAGCAACAACAGCAAUAUCAAAGUUGCCAAUUGGUACAAUUAUUUUAUAUAGUGGCACUCUAUCAACUGUGACCAGUUCAAAUUAUAAAUGGUUAGCCUGCGAUGGCUCACAAGUGUCUCGUACAACCUAUUCUGAUUUAUUCAACGUAAUUGGCGUAACUUAUGGAUCAGGUGACGGUUUUAAUACCUUUAAUUUGCCUGAUUUUCGUAAUCGAUUUCCAUUGGGUAGUGAUGAAAGCAGUAGUUUAUUGGCUGCUGGAGGUGCAUCAACACAUACAUUGACUGUAGCAGAGUUGCCUGCGCAUACCCACGGUACAGGUACACUGUCAACUGUCGCCGCUGGUGGACACACGCAUUCCUACACUGAUCCGGGUCAUGAUCAUGGAGGAACAACAGGUAGUGCAACUUUCGCUAGCGGAUCAUUUUCUAUAACAUCUGGUGGUGGUCAUGGUACUGAUGCUGGAAGUCAUACUCACACAAUCCCUAAUGGUGCAACAGGUAUUACAAUAAAGAGAGCUGGAAGUCACACACACACAAUACAGGGUUCAACGGCGUCUGAAGGUUCCAAUCAGCCAUUCGACAUAAUGCCGCCUUAUCAAACCAUACAUUAUAUCAUUCGAGCAUGA